UCCAUUAUCUCAGAAUGAGCCAUGUCAUGGCUUUGGGGAUCCAAGCGCAAGAAAGUCGACAUCAAAAAGCAGCUAGAGGUUGCUAAUCCCCUUCCUGCUCAACCAUCAUUGCUUGAUAAUUAUGAUGACUACCAUGAAGAAAUCGAGCUCAUGGAUGAUUCCCGCCUAUUUGGACCAGAGGACCCUAAAAAGCUGUCAGAUAAUUUACCAGCUAGGCUGUACGGUUGCAAGUGGAAGUUGAUAUACAGUACCUUUAAACAUGGGAUUAGCAGCAGCACGCUACUUCGAGCCAGCAGGGAGUGUGGUGGUUCUAGUAUCCUGAUUAUAAAGGACUACAAUGGAUACGUAUUUGGAGCGUUUGCGUCUCACCCAUGGAACAAUCCAGAACCAAAGUUCUACGGGAACGGAGAAUGUUUCCUCUUCACCUUACAUCCUGAAUUUGUAGUGUACAGAUGGACGAGUAAGAACGGUUACUGUCAGCUGAUAGAAACAACAGGCUAAGCAUGGGUGGUGGCAGUGGGAUAUUUGGACUUUGGCUGGACGAGGAUCUGCUUUCGGGCACAACCCAACCCUGUGAAACUUUCGACAACCCCCGUGCUCAGUCACGAGAGCCACUUCAAAGUGUUCGGCAUGGAACUCUGGGCAUUUCACGAUGGUGCUUGAAUCUUCGGGGGCCUUUUCUGACUUAUUGACAAUGUUCACUGUUAUUUGCUGGUUUUUUAGGUUUGUAGAGCACGAAAGAAACAUUCGAGUUAAAGAAAUCGGUCGUGGCUGCUAUCACGUGAUUAUGAACAAGAACAGAUUUUUGUAAGAUUGUUUAAAUUCGUACCGUCUAGUUAAUAUUUAAAUUUUUAGUAGCGAAUAAUACGAUUUGAUCUAAAGGCUGUUGAUUCUUGAUUUUGAUUCCUGCAUUGCCCGAGCCGAAAAUGAUAUUAGACAGACUUUCUAGAAUCACUUACAACAAGCUGAAUUUCUCAUCUUCAUAUUGCUUACAAAGGCUUCAUCGGAAUUUUGAUGCGUUGAGUUUAGAUUCCACCUGAAAGAUGGGAAGAUUCUAAGCCCAUCAAAAUUAUGAUGUUGGGAAUGAUACACUAUAACAGAAACGAAUAAUCAUUGUUUACUGUGUUGUCUAAUUAAGUGGCCUUAAUUUACGAGUUUAGUAUUUUUUGAGCACUUAACAUUUAGUUUUAUUAAAGGUUUGUGGUAAGAUAAAAAAUUAAUGCUUUGGCCUUCGAAGUUGGUUAGUAACUUAAAGCUCUGAGGGGUAUUUUGUAAACUACUGGACGUUUCAAAAUCCGAUUGGGUCCUGCAGUUAUCGGGAGAUUUCGUUAUAUCAAGGCUCACAAAUAUGCGAAUUUUCUUUUAUGAUAAACAUUUAUGAUAAAAUACGAUUAUUGUAAAAUCCCAAAACCGAAUUUUAGUUUUUGUUCA